CCUCCGGCUGGAUGGGAAGACAUCUACGCGCUAGUGGUGGAAUUGCGAAAAGAUAGGACAGCGCCCUGCGACGACUCGGGAUGUGAAGCCUUACCCGAUCGUACGCAGACUCCCAGAGACUUCCGGUUUCAGGUCUUAAUUUCUCUCAUGCUGAGUAGCCAGACAAAAGAUGCGACUGUAGGUGAAGCCAUUCGGAGCAUGCAGAAAGCUAAUGUUUUGAACGUAGAAAGUAUUGUUGCAAUGGACGCAUCGGAGUUGAAUUCGUACAUUAACAAAGUGGGUUUUCACAACAACAAAACAAAAUUCAUCAAGCAAACCGUGGAAAUACUUAAAGAAAAGUUCGACAACGACAUUCCGCCUACAGCAUCAAUCAUGAUGGAGCUUCCUGGAGUUGGCCCGAAAAUGGCGUACAUUUGCGAGAACGUUGCAUGGAAUCGGCAGACCGGAAUAGGCGUCGACACACACAUGCAUCGUCUCUUUAACGCUUUAAAUUGGGUCAAGUCUAACACUCCUGAACAAACGCGUGUCCAGCUCGAAUCCUGGUUACCGCGAGAUAAAUGGGCUGAGGUCAAUCUGCUGUGGGUGGGUUUCGGGCAA